ACAUGGAGAUCUCCUUCCUGCCACGUGUAGCUCAACUCACUUUGAGAGAGAGAGAGAGAGAGAGAGAGGGAAUCGUCGGAGAGGGAGAAGAACUUAGGAAGAAGGCGAAUCGAGAGAUGAGGACGUUGAAACCUGUACCUGUAAGCAUAAUGGCAAGCCGAUUGACCAACCUUAUAUCGCGUCCCAAGUCUGUUUCCGCUCGCGCAUCAUCCGCUCCUCACCUUACUCGCCAGAUGAGCACGGAGGCGCAGAGUGUUGCUUCUCGGCUCAGUAGUUCCGGAUUAUUGCGGAGCCAGGGGCUGAUUGGAGGGAAAUGGGUUGAUGCAUAUGACAAGAAGACCAUCAAGGUUUACAAUCCAGCAACUGGUGAAGUUAUAACAGAUGUUCCAUGCAUGGGUGGGAGGGAGACGAAUGAUGCGAUAUCUUCAGCCUUUGAUGCAUUUAAUCCUUGGAGCAAACUUACUGCCACUGAAAGGAGCAAGUUUCUAAGGAAAUGGUAUGAUCUGCUAAUUGCCCACAAAGAAGAGCUUGGACAACUUAUAACCUUAGAACAAGGAAAACCUUUAAAGGAAGCCCUGGGCGAGGUUAGCUAUGGGGCUGGUUUUAUCGAGUUCUCUGCAGAGGAGGCCAAACGUGUAUAUGGUGAUAUAAUUCCAUCAACUCUAGCUGAUCGUCGGUUAUUUGUUUUAAAGCAGCCUGUAGGUGUGGUAGGUGCAAUUACCCCCUGGAACUUCCCCUUGGCUAUGAUUACUCGGAAGGUUGGUCCUGCACUUGCAUGUGGCUGUACUGUUGUCAUAAAACCCUCUGAACUUACACCCCUCACAGCUUUAGCAGCAGCUGAGCUUGCUCUUCAGGCUGGAAUUCCACCGGGUGUCGUCAAUGUGGUUAUGGGAAAUGCUCCUGAAAUUGGGGAUUCUUUACUUGCAAGUACACAGGUAAGAAAGAUCACAUUCACAGGUUCAACAGCAGUUGGAAAGAAGCUGAUGGCUGGUGCUGCUGGGACUGUUAAAAGGGUUUCUCUUGAACUCGGUGGCAAUGCGCCCUGUAUAAUCUUUGAUGAUGCAGACCUGGAUGUAGCAGUAAAAGGAACUCUUGCAGCAAAGUUUCGUAAUAGUGGACAAACAUGUGUCUGUGCAAAUAGAGUUAUUGUGCAAGAAGGUAUCUACGAGAAAUUUGCAAAUGCUUUUUCCAAAGCUGUCGAGAAUCUUCUAGUUGGGGAUGGCUUUACUGAGGGUGUGGUCCAGGGUCCUCUAAUCAAUGAAGCUGCAAUUCAAAAGGUUGAAUCGUUUGUUGAAGAUGCAAUCUCAAAGGGAGCAAAAGUCCUACUUGGGGGUAAAAGACAUGGUCUUGGCAUGACCUUUUAUGAGCCGACAGUGAUUGGUGAUGUCAAGAGUGGGAUGCUUCUAUCAAGGGAGGAAGUAUUUGGACCUGUGGCACCCCUAUUACGGUUCAAAACUGAGGAGGAAGCUAUCCGCAUUGCCAAUGACACCAAUGCAGGUUUAGCUGCUUACAUAUUCACAAACAACAUGCAACGCUCAUGGCGUGUGGCUGAAGCUCUUGAAUAUGGAAUUGUUGGGAUCAAUGAAGGUGUAGUUUCAACAGAGGUUGCUCCAUUUGGAGGUGUUAAGCAGUCUGGUCUUGGACGGGAAGGUUCCAAAUAUGGGAUGGACGAAUAUCUGGAAAUGAAAUAUGUGUGCUUGGGGAAUAUGAACAGUAAUUAAUGUGGAAGGUCUGCGCUUGGAAUGUUGCCUAGCUUACGGCACAAUGUCGGAGCACCGUUACCUCUUUCUAUCGACCUGAAUGAUAAAAUGUCUUAGUCACAUUUCAAAUAUGGGUUGAUGGUGACACUGCUGCUCUUAAUCUAUCUAAGAAAUGAGAGUUGGAUCUUGAACUUUUGGUAUGCUGUAAGAUAAGUAACAUAUAAAAUCUUUACACCAUGUAUCCAGUGAAUUUUACCUUAAUAAAACGGUUUUGGGUGCUGCAAAGCUGAGAUUUGGCAAAAUAAACAAGCGGGCCUUGUUUGUUUGUGUGAA